UUUGUAUUCAAAAUAUAAUUUUAUCUCUUACACUAAUUGGCCUUUUGGCCUCAUAAUCCCGAAAGAUGGUGAGUUAUAUUUUUUCAACAUUCAUGAAGAUGUAUUUAUAUCAGAUUACUCACAUAAAGCUCACACACCAAAUUAUGCUACAAUGGAUUAUUUAGUCUUAAGGUGCCGCAAGAGAUUUUGUUGCUCUUUGAUGUGCAUUAGUGGAAUCCAUAUAAAAAUUAUUUAAGAUAUUUUUCAAUUCCAUAGGGGGCAAUGCAGCAGAACAAAAUGACCCAGAAAUGGAUGGAGAGGAUGGUGUAUCCUUUAUUAACAGCCAGUAUGGUUCACUCUUUACUCCUGCGUUAAAAGUGACAGAGGGGCAUGGUGAAGUCAGCAUUAAGCUAUAUUUGAACUGCAGUCAUUGUGAUCAUGAUAUGUGCCACGGAGAUUUGAAGACUCAGGAAAUUGUUUGCAUUUGUGGCUAUGGAUAUGUGUUGGCUAAUGAUGGUGUCUCUUGCAUAGAUGAACUGAUCCUGCCCACCAAGAAUCCUCCUCUUUCUUUGGUCUUGUCAGUAGUGACUUCAGCUCUGGUUGCUGGUCUUAUUCUAGCCUUUUCAGCAGUUAUGAUAGUGUAUCGGCAGAAACACCACCAAGAGCUGCAAGCUGUGCAGAUGGAGUUACAGAGCCCCGAGUACAAGCUGAGCAAGCUGCGCACUUCCACAAUUAUGACAGACUAUAACCCCAAUUACUGCUUUGCAGGAAAAACUACUUCCAUUAGUGACCUCAAAGAAGUGCCCCGGAAAAAUAUUUCUUUGAUAAGGGGUCUAGGCCAUGGAGCUUUUGGGGAAGUGUAUGAAGGCCAGGUGAUUGGGAUCCCCACUGACCCCACUCCUCUUCAAGUGGCUGUAAAAACAUUGCCAGAGGUUUGCUCAGAGCAAGAUGAGUUGGAUUUCCUGAUGGAAGCUCUUAUAAUAAGCAAGUUCAAUCACCAGAAUAUUGUACGCUGCAUUGGAGUGAGCUUACAGGCUCUGCCUCGCUUUAUUUUGCUGGAGCUUAUGGCUGGAGGAGACUUGAAAUCUUUCCUGAGGGAGACACGGCCAAAGCCGACCCAUCCCUCCUCACUAACCAUGCUGGAUUUGCUACACGUAGCUCGUGAUAUUGCUUGUGGUUGUCAGUAUUUGGAAGAAAAUCACUUCAUUCACAGAGACAUUGCUGCUCGAAAUUGCCUCCUUACUUGUAAAGGUCCUGGAAGAAUAGCUAAAAUUGGAGAUUUUGGGAUGGCCAGGGACAUAUAUAGAGCCAGCUACUACAGAAAAGGAGGGUGUGCAAUGCUGCCUGUCAAAUGGAUGCCACCUGAAGCCUUCAUGGAAGGGAUAUUUACAUCCAAAACAGAUACCUGGUCAUUUGGAGUGUUGCUGUGGGAAAUAUUCUCGCUUGGAUAUAUGCCCUAUCCCAGCAAAAGUAACCAGGAGGUCUUGGAAUUUGUCACAAGUGGAGGAAGGAUGGAUCCACCCAAAAACUGCCCUGGCCCUGUAUAUCGAAUAAUGACCCAAUGCUGGCAACACCAGCCAGAAGACAGGCCAGACUUUGCCAUUGUUCUGGAGAGGAUUGAAUACUGCACCCAGGAUCCUGAUGUCAUCAAUACGGUUCUGCCUGUGGAGUAUGGUCCAUGCAUUGAAGAAGAAGAAAAGGUUCCUGUGCGUCCUGAAGAUCCUGAAGCAAUUCCUCCUCUGUUAGUGUUGCCGCAGCGAGAGAAAAAGGGUGCUGAGCAGCUCCUGCCUUCCGCGUCCUCUCUCCCUUUCGUCAUUCCAGCAGGCAAAGCUCUCAUGAAAGCAGCUGCUGUUGAGCCAAUUACCCAGGCUAACAUCCAGACUGCCCUAGAAGGGGGACAUGUCAACAUGGCAUACACUCAAUCAAUUCCUGCAACAGAGCUCCACAAAACCCGGGGAUCCAGAAACAAGCCUACCAACCUCUGGAACCCAACAUAUGGCUCUUGGUUUUCAGAGAAGCCAGUUGUCAAAAAGACUUCUCAGCUGGAAAAAGAGGCAACAGAGCAGGAAGAUUCAAGGCAUGAAGGCAGCUGUACUUUGGGGCCCAGCAUAAUGGCUGGAAGGCUGCCAAGCUCCUCCCUUCUUCUAGAACCAUCUUCACUUACAGCCAGUGUUAAGGAAGUGCCUCUCUUCAGGCUUCGCCAUUUUCCUUGUGGCAAUGUUAACUAUGGAUACCAACAGCAAGGCCUUCCCUUGGAAACCUCAGCCCCACCUCUGUGCCAGCAGUUACGAGGACCUUCACCUUAGGAACCAGCUCAAUCAACCUCUAAUCUUCUUGACUUUCUUCCCAUGUGACUCGUGAGCCUUGGCACAAACUUCAGUGUCAACCAUAUAGCAAGCACGAGAACAGAACAAAAUUCCCUUCUGUUAUGUGCCAAUCUGCUCUGAAGUGCCAUCACCCCUGAAGCUUGUUUUUUUUUUAAAUCUCUUAAUAAGUUUCAAUUUAUCAGUGCUCCUUUAUAUACACACCUACACAAUCAUACCUUUAAAAACACAUAAUUCUCUGAGAUAAUAAUCACUAUUACAAGCAAGGCCCUGCCCUCAAUUGCAUAAUAUCACUUGCAUGGUUGUUUGCUAUGGCCUUUCCUGUGUGCUGCUUCCUCUUAGUUGUUUAUAUGCCAUUUCAAAACUCGCUGGCCAAGUGUUUAAUGUUUAGGGAUUUUCUAUACUGCCAAACAAUAUUUUGGAUGUCCUCAUGAUUUCAGAGAAGGUAGGGAAAUGUCGUCCUGUCAAAGGCAAAGUCACAUAACAUGGACUCUGAAAGAGCUCAUACUCAAAUAGCAUCAUAGCUACCACAUGCAUGCAAAACUAUGGAGACCUAGCAACAGAAUAGCUAAAUGUGUCAAUGUCACUCCUUUUAUUCUAAGGUGGAAAUUGCAGAAAGUCAAAGAACACGACCAAAUGAAAUGGAUUACCUUGGCAAGGCAGUAAAAACGCUCUCCUUUCCCCAUCUAUUGUGAUUGUUGGUUGGCAACUGUUGAGCAGUUAAAUCUAACACUUAUCUUUCAGCAUGUAUUCAUGUCAUUGAUGGAUCUGCCAAAAUGUGGCAGAUGAGCAAAGGAUUAUCAAGAUAGUAAAGGCCAGAUUGCAUACUACUGAAACUCUCAUUAUGUCACUGUCAUUAUAUCAUUGCUGAGGGCAAAGCUUGGCAAUCAGAGGAAGAGAGUCCUUUGGUACGAAUAUCAAUUCUUCCAGGGUGUGAAGAUACUAAUUAUUAUAAUAUGCGUAGUAGUCUAGGAACCAAGCCAAAAGCUUUUAUAGAACAAGAAUUUAGGAGAAAGGGAUGUUAAAAAAUCCUCACUGCCCAUUUUUCAAAGCAUAUAUAACCGUGAUGGCGAACCUAUAGCACACGUGCAUGAGGUGGCAUGCAGAGCCAUCUUUCUGGGCACAUGAACUGUCACCCAACUCACCUGCAGCUGCGCAUGCGCACGCACCCCAGCUGGUGUUCGGGCCUCCGGUGUGCUUGCACGCCAUUCAGGAGACCCAGCUGAUCUUCAGAGCUCUGCUGUGCAUGUGUGCGCAUUUGCACAUGUACAUGAGAGUACUUCGGCGCAGUGCGUGCAUGUGUAAAUGGCGUUCAUGUGCAUGCAUUGCAGGUGUGAAAACCACACACAUGAACAGAUGGUGCAAUUGUGUGCACAGCGCAUGGGCACGCAAAAUCUGUGUGCAUGCACAGAUGGUGCGAUUGCGUGUGCAGCGCAUGGGGGAGCCACAUGAAAGCCAUGCACAUUUGCAUAUGGUGUGGUUGCGGGCACAGCGCAAGGGGGCCUGCACAAAAGCCAUGUGCUUGUGCAGAUAGUGUGGUUGCACACGCAGCUCACAGGGGACGCACAUGAAAUCUGUGCGCAUGCGCAGAUGGUGUUGCAAACGCAGUGCAUGGGGGAGGAGCUGUGCAUCAGUGCGGAUAGCACGUGCGCACAAAGUGCACAAAGCAGGUACCUGUUUGACACUCGGUGAGUAAAAGGUUCACCACCACUGAUAUACAAUAUAAUAUAUACAUAUACUGAUAAAUUAGGACUUAAAACAACAAUUAUAUUAAAAUUCAGCAAGCCGUAGAGCCACAAGCCAACAUGCUUGUUAAAAACAACCAUUAAUUUGACUUGAAUUGAAAAGGUUUAUUAAAAUAUCUUACUUUGUGAUUAGUUGCCAAAAUUGCACCUACACAGUAAUACCUACUGGGUGAAAAAAUUAAAGAGAUGGUGAUGCCUGUGAUAUGAGAAUAUUGAUACAAAAGAAGAUAUUAGCAUUGUUCCAAGCAAGUAAACUAGCACAUUGAACCAAAGUUGCUACUCAGGUGUGCAACUUUCAACCAAUUUUCUAGCUUAAGUGAAAAAUAGUAUAUUAUGUGGUACUAAUAGUAUCUUACGCUGACCCAACCUUUGCAUCGCUGUAAAGAUAAAUGAAGACCAAUUUGUGCCUCCUGUCUUUGUUUUAAGAUCCUAAUAAACGCAGCUAUAGUUCUGUGCAAUUUGCAUUGCAUAAGAUCAUUAAUUUCAUUAGGCCUUAUAUGCAAAUGAAGAUGAGCGAUCUUCCUCAAUGAAAGCAAAUGUUAUUGACUGUCAGUGGCUCUUGGCUUGCUGUAAUAACAGUCAAUAGAAAUUGCUCUGUAAAUUAGGCAAAUAGAACAUUUAUGAACCCAUCCCAGUGAAAGAAUAUCAUGGUCCUGCCAGGAAAUAACCAAGAACCUUAAAAUAUGAAGUGAGGCUGGCUUUCUCUCUGCUCUGAACAACCAUUUAUUAUCACUUUUACAUAGGCAGCCCCAUGUUCUGUAGUUGAGUCAGGGAGCUUAAAUUAGUAAGUAUGUGGGUUUCCUGCUUGACAUUUCUACUUGCAUACAGCAAAAAUCACAUUCUUUGUGAGAAUUGUUCCUUAUGCUGAUAAGACCAGCAAUUACCAAACCAAUCAAGAGUUACGUUCCGUCCUGCCUUCACAAGAGGGAAACAACCGGGCCCCCUUAAUUGCAAGAGUAUGAGAAACUGGACAAGAGAUUUUACCAUACAGUAAUUGCUUCUACAUAACAGUAUCAUCUGAAAGAAAGAAAUUUACUGGAAUAAGUAUGAAGCUUCUCUCCUGAAAGUUUGGGCAAGAAACAGUUAAUCCAAGGAACACGUUUUUCAAAUCCAGUAGUAUGUUAAAUUGCAAGGAAAUUUAAGGUUGCAACAGAAGAAUUCUAGCAAGUACCUUACUUUCAAAUAAGAUGCUUAUAUAUAAGCAAUUAUGGUGGCAAAAUUGUUACCUAUUUUCUCACGCGCUUAUUGUUUAAGAAGCAGUUUGCUCUCGUGAAUAUGGGACAGAAGGUACCAGAUGAUCAUUUUGGUUUAUGCUAAUUUUAUCACUGUGGUUUGUGUUUGAUUCAGUUCAGGAUAAUUAAAAGCAGAGUUCUGGAUUCUGUAAAAUACAGAAUACAAUACUAAAGCAGGUUGUGAUGUUGCAGUGACUAUACCAAACCUCAUGUCAUAGCUUAUUUGUGUACAUUAUGUAGCUGUGUGUGUGCUGUACCCUUGUUUUGCGUCUUCCAUUAGCCAAGGACAGCACUGGCCAAGAAUUUCUCUGGAAUGUUAAUUAUAGUUUUAAUAUAUGCCAGAAUUCAUAAAAAGCUCCACAAACCAGUAGCCAUUCUUACCUUCUCAGCAAAAGGCCCUCAGUGGUGUGUAAUUUUGUACCCUUGAAAAUCAUUGUACUGAGUUGUGGUUGCUUAAGAUUAUUGUGUAUAAGAUGGUAAGCCAUAUAAUUCUUUAAAGCAGGGCUGUCAAACUUCUGGCCCAUGGGCCGGAUGCAUCACACGCUGGCCAUACCUAUGCCCAUUUUAAUGAAGGGGGGGGAUCUUGAUACAUCACAUGACGCCUCUGUGACGAUGUGAGUUUGACACCCCUGUUCUAAAGAAAUAAAUUUAUCUUGAUGCUUGCAAAACUUACAAACCUCAUUAUGAAGAGAAUCUUGAGUCUUUCCACAGCAGUUAUUUAUCGAGGACAAGCCUGUUAAGUAUCUAGCACAAGUGCAUCAUCAAGCAUUUAAGUUACACUACAGAAUAACAUAAAACGCUAUGCCAGGGACAGCAAACAGACCAAAACUGAAGCUGUCAGACCAUCACAAAUACAUGGGAAUCAUGCUAAUCUAUAAAGGAGUGUGUUCCCCAAGAAUAACCCCCACCUGGGCAGAAGUCACUUUCAAUAAUUUAUAUGGUCAACGUGGCAAGUUUAGGGAAGAGCUGAAGGAAUAUAUCACACAAUUUGCCUUUUAGCUGAUCAGCGAUGCAAAUCUCUUUCUGAGGCAUGAGCUCUGAAGCUAUAUGGAAAACAUACAUUCAUGCUUCCCUACCUUGAAGUCUUACAGGGAAAAGCAAUGAGCAAAAAAUGAAUGUGGUUGAUGCAAAGUCUUGAAGUUUAUUCACACACUAUAGUUGCACUGCAGCAGAAGAGAAGCACCACAGAGAGAGAGAGAGUUCCCCCAUAAUUACAGUUGGGAGAAAAGUAUACAGUUAUAGGAAAAUCAAUGAAGUAGAGGCAAGGAGAAACUACCGGUUUCCCCAUAAUAAGACAUCCCCUGAUAAUAAGCCCAAUCGGGCUUUUGAGCGUGUGGCAAUAAGGCCAAGCACUUAUUUCAGGGUUCAAAAAAAUAUAAGACAGGAUCUUAUUUUCAGGGAAACACGAUAGGAUUCCUAAUCUACUGUAUUUAUGGUAUGAGUCAGUUCUCCAACUAUUCUCCUUCAACAUCUGUCUUGAUGGCUGCCUCCAAAACAUUGUCAAUUUCUUUGCCUUGAGUAAUAAACUUAAUUAAAUGGUACUAGAACACCAUCGGAAGGCUCCUUCUUUCGGAACUAUCCUAUAUGAGCAGGAUAAAAUGAAUUACAGAUCAACUGCUGAUUUAUCAUAAUACAGCCAGUCAACCUCCUAGUUUUUAUCCUAUGUGAGCCCGGAGUAAAAUUAAGAUAGAAUUGGAAUUUGCUUUGUUUUGCAAUAUAGCAACUUUAAAAAUAAUAAUAGGUGUACAGCAAACUUGGUGAGCACUGUGAGAAGUGUCUGGCUCAGUGGAACCCCAGUAUCACACUAGAAAGGCCAACCUUGAACUGUAGCUUCCAUUCAUUUGUAAGUUUAUUAGCUUUGAACAACAUAUUAGGAGAACAAGAAGUUAAAUAUGGUAGAAUGGGGUCAUGUUCGUGGGUAAGACUAAUAGAAGGUAUGCUCCUAGAUCCACAGCUAUAUCACAUUUGUACAGCCCUUUUUCAGGUUCUGAGAUUCAGGAAGAGUAUUCUCUUUGUGGGAAAGGGAGUGGAAUUCUAACAAAGAUGCAGGGGAUGCUUCAAAAAAGGAUGGUACAUUCAAAUAGAACACCUUUUUUCUCCAUUUUGUCUGGAAUGACACUGCUGUAGGUAUAACUUUUACAUUCCGUCUCUCCUCUGGUAUUAGAUGCAUGAGAAGUCAGAUAGAAAGCAUAUUGCAAAACUUGGCCUGUUUUUCAUGGGAUGUACUCUUGAAGUGGACAUACAUAGAAGUGCCGCAACACACAACAGAACAUACAGAAAAUGUUUUUAUUUCCUUUCAUUCUGAAUCUACAAAUUUAGGCCAGGGGAAUGGAGUUUUGCUGGGCUCAUUCUGCAGUGCACAAUAGCUGCUGUUCUUUUAAGAAUUUUCUUUCAGAAAGAAUAAGUACUACCAUUUCAAAGGCCUUUUGCAGUUACACCUGGAUGUCUCAACCCUCUGUGCCUCAGUCUGUACUAGAGCUUUGUCAUUAGGAAUGUGAUUCAUGUUUGUACAGAAGCUUGUGCAACAUUACUCAUAAACCAAGGGCCUAUGCAUUUCAGGGAUCCUUCUCAAAAAUCAAAUACUAAUAUAUGGUCAUUACAUAUUUUCUAUUGUAUUUGUAUUGUAAUCUAGUGUAGUGAACCUAAAGGCAUGAAAAUAAAAUGACUGUAAAGGAA